UUAAUUUGAAAACCCCUACCGGAAGUGUGUUGCUUAAGCAGGCUUGACACCGGUGGUAGGAAUGGCGGCUAAGAUCACUACAGGAAGGACCCAAAAGACCAUGAAACUUUACUUCUAACGGCCCCGCUGAGGAAUCUGUUUCCAGCGAGACGCGGACGAGCCGUCGCACAUCGGAUUGAAGGGUGAAGAACUUCUACAACGUGAGAUACACGCGGUAGAAGUCCCGGCUGACUGGAGUGGACGCACUUUGCGACUCGCUAGUUAGCUUGACGUUAGUGCCACUGAUUUUGAUUCACGUUAGCCGUUAGCUCGCCGCACUACUAGCCAGCUGUUGGCUAUUUGGCUCGGCUGGCCCAACAAGUUAACGAAGUAAUUAACUGUAUGAAAACGUUCCUUGUUUGAAUAUCUGAGCGUUGACCGGCGGCCUUUAUCGAUAUAUAUCCUUGGAGCGUUUGUUACAGAGAGUAGGACCAGGCGACAACGAGUCGACGCGGCGCGUUGAGAACAUUAUUGCCGCUAUCCUAGCUCGUGCAGUGACGCUAGCUAAGUUGGGAUCUCCCAAGUCUCGCCCAUUUGUGGAUCCUGCCCUAGCCAUUGGCUAAGGGGCUAAUCAUCGGGCACAGUAGUCUGUAUUUCAGGGGGACAAUUGGCACCACGAUGGAAAGUCUAACGCUUACUGACGUCGAGCAGAAAUAUUACUCGGACCUGUUCAUCUACUGCGACACGGACAACACCAAAAAAGUGGCUUCCAACGGGAGAGUUCUUGACCUUUUCCGGGCGGCCCAGCUACCCAGCGAAGUUGUCCUGCAGAUCACAGAGCUUUGUGGAGCCACUCGGCUGGGUCACUUCGGGCGGAGUCAGUUCUACAUCGCUCUGAAGCUUAUUGCCAUUGCACAGUCCGGUCUGCCCCUGAGGGUGGAAAGCCUCAACUCGGUCAAAGACCUGCCGCUGCCCAGGUUCGUGGUGGGGAAGAACGAGGCAGAGGCGAGGCACGCGGCUCUGUACCAGGACUCGGACGCUCAGGGGCUGUACCCGGCCUCUGCCGCUGCCGCGAUGCCCCGCCCACCGGGUAGGGGUUUCCAGAGCAAGAAAGGACCCCCAUCAUCCACUUCACUUCCUGCCCACGAGGUCAUCCAGCCCCUUGCGCCCAGCAUAGACCCGCAGCCCGAACCGACGUCCCCCGUGGUCUCCCCUCACCAGUCUCCUCCCACCUCCCCUCCCUCGUGGAGGAAGCACCAGCGGCAGCCCAGCGGAGGAGCCACAGACAGACAGGUGGUGGUGGCUCCAGCCGGAGCCGUGUGGACGCACUUCAGGGAACCACAAGCAGGCCCAGCGCCCGGUGAGGGAAUGUGGCCGUCCCACUCGCCCCCGCCUCCAGGUCAGGAAAGUUGGGUCAGUUUUACAGCAGACACCCCGCCAUCCAUCCCAGGAAUGCAUCCCUCGUCAGUCCAGGAAAGCACAACGAUACGAACGGUGGCCUCGGCCUCGAUGACCAACGAGAUCCAGCGGCAGUCCAGCGGCUACGAUGAUCCGUGGAAGAUCACAGACGAGCAGAGGCAGUAUUACAUUAACCAGUUCAAAACCAUUCAGCCAGACCUCAGCGGCUUCAUACCUGGUUCCGCCGCAAAAGAAUUCUUCACCAAAUCCAAACUACCAAUUUUAGAGUUGUCACAUAUUUGGGAGCUGUCAGACUUUGAUAAAGACGGAGCACUGACUCUAGACGAGUUCUGCGCUGCCUUCCACCUGGUUGUAGCCAGGAAGAAUGGCUACGACCUCCCCGAGAAGCUGCCAGAGAGCCUGAUGCCAAAGCUGAUUGACCUGGAUGACUCAGCAGAGGGCUCGGAGCAGACUGCUGACGUUGGAUACUCGGGCUCCCCGGUGGAGGUCACGCCCAGCAAGUCCCCAUCUAUGCCUUCACUCAACCAGGCCUGGCCAGAGAUGAACCAGAGCAACGAGCAGUGGGAGACGUUUAGCGAGCGCUCCUCCAGCUCACAAACUCUGACCCAAUUUGACUCUAACAUUGCACCAGCUGACCCUGACACGGCUAUCGUCCACCCGGUCCCCAUCCGGAUGACACCCAGUAAGAUCCACAUGCAGGAGAUGGAGCUGAAGAGGACUGGCAGUGACCACAACCACCCGACCAGUCCUCUGCUGACUAAACCUCCGGAACUGUCCGAAGAAACAAAUAUCCCCGCCUCCAUGAAGUUCGUAGCUGCCAACCCCGUAGGUGAUGGUUACAGCAGUUCAGACUCCUUCACCUCUGACCAGGAGCCCACUACAAGACAAAGGUCUCAGUCGGGCACGUCUCCAGAGGCUCUGAAGGUGGUUGCCCCGCCUCCACCGCCACCGCGCCCCCACCCCUCGCACUCUCGCUCCUCGUCUCUGGACAUGAACCGCACCUUUGCUGCAACAGCUGUUGCAGGACAACCACAAUCCUCCACGAUAGCCUACCCGCCCGCCGUCCCUCCCAGGCCGCUGCCCACACAGACAUCAGCACCACAUACCGGGCAUCGUGGGGAGGCCGAAGGCACACCAGUGGGCGGCGCGGCGCUCACCACAGCCGCCGCCGCCACCACCACCACCUCCCCCCAUCUGAUUCCCCAGCAGCCCAACUUCGCGGACUUCAGUCAGUUUCAGGCCUUCGCUGCGUCCGAACAGCCUUCCAGCCUGCCGGAGGUCGAUGUGCACAGUGAGCCCGGGCAGGCGGAGAAGUCGUCGGAGGGAGCCGGUCCUUUACGAACAGUCAAGAGCGACGGCCAAGCAGACGAGAGAGCAUCAUCUACUGUCAACUCUGUCAAAGCUUCUGGGUCUGGUCCACUUGCGCCUCCUCCAAAGCCCGUGAGGCGGAGGUUGAAAUCUGAAGACGAGCUGCGACCAGAGGACGAGCAACAUGGUCCGCAGAAAUCAAACGUCAUAGCUGCGGUCCUGGCCACUCAGCCGUCCAUCCCCAGGUCUGUAGGAAAGGACAAAAAGGCCAUUCAAGCGUCGAUCAGAAGAAACAAGGAGACGAACACUGUGUUGGCACGACUGAACAGUGAACUGCAGCAACAGCUGAAGGACCUGCUUGAAGAGAGAAUAUCCCUGGAGGUCCAGCUGGAGCAGCUCAGACCGUUCUCUCACCUUUAACCGGGAGCAAAAACUCUGCUGUAGUGAAGCAACGCUGUGGCCCUCGGCAGGACUCCUCUCCAGCCCUCCCUCCCCCUCCAGCCCUCCUUCCUCCUCCCACCAUCACGGCUUUGCCUGGAGGCUCCGACCUGCUGCAAGGUGCUCCGUUAAAACUCUUGCGCUCAAUCACACACUUGAUUCAUGGAAGAACCUAGAAGGACCCGAGAGCAGCGUCUCCCCGCGAGGUGGAGGAGGGGACAGGAGCGUUGGGGGAGGAGACUAUACACACUGGCACUUUUUUGGAUUUUGGCUAAAGAGAAGUAAACGUGAGGACGACAGCGGUCUGAAAAGGCGGUUUGGAACGUCGGACAAGACGCUCCGACUGUGACCGCUGUCUCAAGACAAACUGCUGAUGUCUGAUUACUUUACUGAAGAGGAAAGCAGGAGUGUGUCCGCGUCUAUUUGUGUUCCUGUUUGUUGACUUGUUGGCUUGAAUCAAGCACCGAUGUGUUUAUUCCCUCUUGGGGUAAAGACUGCAGCACCAAACUCCUGUUAAAAUCAGGCAGAUUUAAAGAAGCAGUUGAACUUAAAUGAAAUACACUUCUUUGCUUUCUUUCAUAGAGUUUGAUGAGAAGUUCCAUAUCAAUCUCGUAUGUGGUCUCACAUGCGAUUUGCUCAGUUUAGCUUAGCAUAGAGACUGCAGCAGGGGGAAAAUGCUAACCGGACUCUAUCCAAAGCUUAAAACUAAAACCGCACCUCUGAAGUUCACUCAUCAACUUGUUUGUCUUUGUUUAAACAAAUCCUCAUUGAGUUUAUUGCUUAAUCGAUUAACUUUAACGGGGAAAUCAUACGUGUUUUCCUCAAAAAGUAGAACUAUUCCUUUAAAUGUCGACUCAUUUAUUGGUAUACUUUCUUUUCUACUACCUUCAAAGCUUGACAACAAUUGUAGAAAUCAUUUCUGAUUUAAAUCAAAGAUUUUCUAUUUAUUUACUAACAUUUGCCUUGUUAAUGUCAAAUAAUCUGCCAACCAAUCGAUCACUGUUACAUGCUACUACACACUUUAGAGGUUUAGAAAACGUGAUAAAUUCUACGUAAGGAAUAAACAUCUGCUCCUGAGCAAGGAAUUUAAAAUGUACCUUUUUUUUUGACUGGGGUUUGGUGGAGUCGGUCUUUACAUUAAACAUACCGGGCUUCUGCUGAACAGGUUUAUUUGCGUUUUUGUGAAGCCUUAAGUGGCCAAAUCAUGGUGAAGGCUUUGUUUUUUGUGUUUUUGUUUUUUUACUUUUGAAUUUGAAUUCAGCCCACUCUUGUUACUGCCCCUUGAGAGGUGUGUGUGUGUGUGUGUGUGUGUGUGUGUGUGUGUGU